AUGUCUGAAUUGCUUAUAUUGCCUUGCCAUAGUAUCUGGAAAGGCGGUAAUGCCAAUGGAGAUGAGAGAGAGGAAUGGUACUUGGCCCCGUUUCAAGUAGAAGGAUAUGAUCAUUUGUCAUUCAAAGAUCAUAUUAAGAAGAGCUUAGAUUAUUUAAAAAAUAAUAGUGAUUCAUUUUUAAUAAUAUCAGGAGGACAGACAAAGCAAGAGGCAGGACCGAUUUCUGAGUCCCAAUCAUACUAUAAUUUAGCAUCGAGUCUUUUACAAUCUACGGAAUUGCUUAAUAGGGUUACAACGGAGGAAUUCGCCAGAGAUUCAUUUGAAAAUGUCAUCUUCCUGAUUUGCAGGUAUUUCGAAUUAUUUCAAAAGUAUCCAGAUUCUGUUACUAUUGUUGGCUUUGAAUUCAAAAGAAACAGAUUUAUAAACAACCAUUUGGUUCAAGCGUUGGAUUUUCCGAAGGAGAAACUUUCUUAUAUUGGAAAUGAACCAGAUCCUAAAGACUUGAAUGAAAUAGAUAGAGCCAAAUAUUUCCAAGACCUAGAUAACAGUGAAUAUAACUUUGCCGUUAAAUAUUUCGAUAGCGAUUGGUAUGGAGUACAAGGUAAAUUAUUAAAAAAGAAGUUUGACAGAAAUCCCUUCAAAAGAUAUCAUGGUUAUGCUUACAGUAAUCCACAAAUUUCGGAUUUUAUAAAGGCUCUAAAUGGUCAUACAUUUUCAAAAAGUCAAGAUAUAAAAAACUCAUUGAACGCCCCAUGGAGCUAA